AUGUCUACAAAUAGCAUUAAACUGUUGGCAGGUAACUCGCACCCUGAGCUUGCUGAGCUUUUGUCGAGAAGACUGGGCAUUCCAUUGUCGAAGGUCGGUGUGUAUCAGUACUCGAACACCGAGACUUCAGUUACUAUUGGUGAAAGUAUACGUGAUGAGGAUGUGUACAUUAUACAGACGGGUAUUGGUGCACAAGAGGUGAACGAUUUUCUGAUGGAGCUGCUGAUUCUUAUCCAUGCUUGCAAAACCGCAUCAGUGAGGAGAAUCACAGCGGUUAUCCCAAACUUCCCUUACGCUAGACAGGACAAAAAAGAUAAAUCACGUGCGCCAAUUACUGCCAAGCUAAUCGCUAAGAUGUUGGAGACUGCAGGAUGUGACCAUGUCAUCACCAUGGACCUACACGCCUCUCAGAUACAAGGUUUCUUCCACAUCCCUGUGGAUAACCUGUAUGCAGAGCCAAGUGUCCUAAAUUACAUAAGAACUAAGACCGAUUUGAAGAACACUAUACUGGUGUCCCCAGAUGCCGGUGGUGCGAAGAGGGUUGCUUCUCUUGCAGACAAGCUGGACUUGAACUUUGCUUUGAUUCACAAGGAGAGGCAAAAGGCCAAUGAAGUUUCCAGGAUGGUCCUUGUCGGUGAUGUUCAAGGUAAAUCAUGUCUCUUGAUUGACGAUAUGGCGGACACUUGUGGUACAUUGGUGAAGGCUUGUGAUACUUUACUUGAACACGGUGCCAAGGAAGUUAUUGCCAUUGUAACACAUGGUAUAUUUUCUGGUUCAGCAAGAGAAAAGUUAGCUAACAGUAAACUGUCCAAGAUCGUAUGCACAAAUACAGUUCCUGUGGAUAUCGAUCUUCCGAUUGUAGACCAAGUUGAUAUAAGUCCAACUUUAGCAGAAGCCAUAAAAAGAUUACAUAACGGUGAAUCCGUGUCUUAUCUUUUCACUCACGCUCCACCAGCCUGA